AUGCUUUCCUUUUUGACGUUGGUCUAUAUUUUACCUUAUUUAUUCUCUUUGUCCUUUACGAAUGCUUCACCAGUCCUAUCGAGUAAUAUAACUCAUAAUGUUAACUGUCCGAAAGGCAAAGAAAGAGUUUUUGAUCUUACAAUCAGUAAAGGAUUUUUUGCUCCUGAUGGUUUUGGACGAGAUAUGUUUCAUAUAAAUGGCACAUUUCCCGGUCCUCUCAUUAGUUGCAAUAAAGGUGACAUACUAGUGUUGAAUGUUAAAAAUGUUUUGAAUGAAACUACUACAAUUCAUUCUCAUGGCAUCCUCCAACGCGGGACUCCUUGGUAUGAUGGUGUCCCUGGAGCAACUCAGUGCAGAAUUCCACCAGGUCAAACAUUCACCUACAAAUUUCAAGUUUGUCAAAGUGGAACUUACUGGUACCAUUCGCAUGACAAGGCCCAAUAUAUCGAAGGAGUUGUUGGUGCUCUUGUAAUUCAUGAUCCCGAGGAUCCUUAUAUUAAUGACUAUGAUGAAGAAAUUGUCGUGUUAUUACAAGACUGGUAUCACACCGAUUCUAGAAUUUUAAUAAAACAAUUCUUGACUCCUGAGAGUCAAGGAAAUGAACCAUCUCCUGAUAAUGGAUUGAUUAACGGAAAGAAUUCUUUUAAUUGUUCGUCAGCUUCACCAGAUAGUCGUUGUAAUAAAGUAAUUGAAGUUGAAGGGAUGAUUACUAAACGCCAUAAAGUUCAGCGCCUUCCUAUUAAUAUUGGUCAACGUUAUUCAGUCAUUGUGAAUGCCAAUAAGCCGAUAGAUUCGUAUUGGAUGCGGGCAGAAAUGGAAACUUCUUGCUUUGCCGUCGUUUCACCCACUCUCAAUCCUAUAGUAAAGGCCAUUGUUAAGUAUGAAGGAUGUAAGAGUCAAACUCCAUCAUCAUCUGCUUGGAGUGACAUUGUUCAAAAUUGUACAGAUUUGAAUCCUAAUCAACUACAAUCUUACCAUCCACAACAAAUUCCUGAGGCUGAUGAACAAAUAAAAUUAAUCGUUACUUUCCGUCCGGAUGAAAAUAAUGUCACAUUGGCAUUUAUAAACAAUUCAACUUAUGUGAUAAACACAAAACAUCCUGUUCUAAAUAAAAUUUAUGAUGGCGAAACGGACUUUGCCCCUAGUCAAAACGUUUUCUUAAUUAAUCAAACUAAAGUUAUAGAGAUCAUUUUAAUAAACAAGGACGCCGGUGAACACCCAUUUCACUUGCACGGUCAUGUAUUCUGGAUACAUACUGGUAAAAAUGGCACUCGGCCAGAUUUUACAACGUUUAAAAAUAAUAAACAUUUAAUACAACGUGAUACUACGACCGUCCCUGCUAACGGAUGGGCCGUUCUCCGAUUUGUAUCAAAUAACCCUGGUGUAUGGGGAUUUCACUGUCAUAUUGAGUGGCAUGUCCAAUCUGGAUUAGUUGCGCAAUUCGUUACACAACCGGAUAAAAUUAGACAAUUAAAUCCACCUGACGAUUGGAAAGGAUUAU